AUGGAGAACUUUCCAGCUAUGUACAGUCUCACAAUCCAGGUGGGUCCUCUAUAUUGUGACCAGCUGCUGGGGCAAUGUUUACUGCUCUCGGAGAGUUCGGGACUCAACCGCUACCUGUGGCUGCUCCUGCCCGUGAUCCUGGUGUCAGGGAUCCUCGCCUUCCUCGCCAUGUACACCCUGAGGAAGAGGAGGAAAGGCCGGAAAGGAGGAUCGGUGGCGUGGCAGCAAAGAUCAGGCGCGGAAGGCAGGCAACUGAUGGUGAAGGUUCUGCCCUCGCCGCAGGAUGUGGCUCCCAGGCGAGGAGACAGCAGGGAGUUAAUGAAAGCACGGCAACCAGCCCGAGCAGCCACCCUGCAGCGGGCCCACUUCACAGUGCAGGACCUGUCGCUGCUCGAGGUGCUCAAGGUGGGGCAGCUGGGUCGCAUCUACCGGGCCAAGAUCACCAGGGGAAACUGCAGGGGUCAUCGGCUGGUGACCUGCAAACUCACCAUGAGGACCGUGUCCCAGAAGAAGCUGCAGUCGGAAAUCAACAUCAUGAAGAAACUCGGGUACCACAAGAAUGUGAUCCAACUGCUGGAGUGGAACGUAGUGGAAGAGCCGUACAUACUGAUCAUGGAACACGUGGGAAGCCAGAACCUGAAGAGCUUCCUACAGACCCACAGGUCAGAGCUGAGCAGCUGCAAGGACCUGCCGACCCAGCUGACAAUGGCCGGUUACUUCAUCUCGCUGGGCAUGGAACACAUCGCCUCCAAAAAGAUAGCUCACCGGGACUUGGCUGCAAGGAACAUCCUGGUCGGUCGCUUUCCCCAGGAGUGUAAAAUUGCCGAAUUCAGCCUGGCCGCCGAUGUGUCCUUUCCUGGAGCAACCAGGCAGAAGAAAGGGAACGGGAAUUUGAGCAUCCCGUUCCGGUGGUAUCCCCCGGAAUACUUCAAGGACGGGAUUUACAACCUGCAGGGAGACGUCUGGGCUUUCGGCAUCUUGCUCUGGGAGCUGCAUAGUUUGGGGAGCUCGCCCUACCCAGAGUUCGAGACGGCAAAGGAGGUUGUGUGCAACGUCUGUUUCGGAUACAAGAUGAAGGCCCCCCUGGGCUGUCGACAAGAAGUGUACGAGGUGAUGGAGUACUGCUGGAUACACAGGCACGAGGAGAGGCCCAUGUUCAGCGACAUCACCAAAUACAUGGAGGCUGUGGUGGAGAACGACGCGGACUACAUUCAGGUGGAGGACUGCUUUGAGCAGCACGUGCCGCAGAGCUGCUCCCCUCCCUGGACCCAGCGUGAGGACAAGACCCACGUCAGUGGCUGGCUCGACUCAGUCUGAGGCAGCCCUGGUGGUAGGGGUGGGUCAGAGCUCGACUCCCCCACCAAAGUCUCGAUCGCUAUCGUGGCCUGGAGGGAGCCUGGUGGAAGGAGGCCGAGUGAUUUGGCAAUUGUGUCCCUGUGAGGGUCCCUGGCUGUGAACUGUGACCCUUGGAGUGGUCCUGGCCAUGAACUGUGACCCUGGCCUUGUACUACAGGGGAGUGAUCCUGGCCAUCCUGUGUGACCCAGUCUUCGACCUGUGACCCUGAGAAUGUUUCUUGCCUUGAACUGUGACCCUGGCCAAGAACUGGGAUUCUAGGAGUGAUACUGGCCAUGCUGUGCGGCCUUGAACUGUGAGCCUGUGGGUGACCCUGGCUCUGAACUGGCGCGUUGCUGGUCAUCGUGCUGUUGGGAGUGGGUCUGUGACCCACAGCCAGUGAGCUUCCAGCCACACACUUGAUGUGGUCGGGCUGACUGUCGGAGUCUGACUCUGCCGUGUUACGUUGUGUAAAACUGUGUGAAAGCUGGAAUAAAACAUGAA